CGUUGAAAUCGCAUCCAUGCAAUCCGCCAGAACCCCCCGCCCCAAACCCCCCAACUGGCCCCCUCAGUCAUCCCUGGCCGUCUUCGUUCGCAACCUGCAGCUCCUCCAACUGGAUUGCCAUGAUGACUGGCCUGGUAUAACCGUGCGCUCCCUGGCGCCCUCGUCGCAGAACCAACGCCAGCGCAUUAAGGCCAUCGAGUGGGCCCUGUAUCAUCUGGUCGCCAUCUGGGACCCCGAGACCGCGCGUGAUAAACUCCGACCGUUCUUCCCGCCGCUUGAACCGUUGCAGUCCGUGAACUUGCGCGCCGCCCUAUUUCGUGUGCUAUCCGACCUGAAGAAGAAUGGCGACCUGGGCCGGGAAUCCAUCCUCCGAAAAUCCAUGCUCGAUGAUUGUAAGGGGGACAAGGUAGACGAGCUCCUGGCGCUAUUCUCGACCGCGGUCCUGCGGAAGAGCCUCGCGGGUGCAGUGGAGGACAAUGUCUCCUUGCGUCUAUCCAUGGCAGAGGGCGUGACCCGUGACGAGUACGAAAGGCUGUUACCCCUCAUUCUGGCGCAUCGCGUCUCCUUGCGGUCUGCGGGGGAACGCCGAGCUCGGAUCCGGAGCACCCAUGACCAGUUCGCUCACCUACUGGAUCGCAAGAAGGACCAGUUGAAUGCACGGGCCAGGACAAAUGUGGCGCCGGCCCCCAACCAAGACGGAGAGACAGAUUCCCUGGCGCGCGAGGUGAGGGCCAACUGGCUGGGUAGCGCCGAAUGGGCGGACACCCUGGUCGACGGCGGCGCUCAGGGCAGCAGCGAUGCAUUCCUGGAGCUCCCGUUCGAUGCGGCCUGGUCGAAGGCCACGGCCUCCACGGUCGAGGAUCUCACCACCAGCUCGACUCCAGACCUCCUCGUCGACCUCGAAUCGCGGGUCUUGCACCAGCGCGCCCGCCUGCACCGCUGGCGCCAGUAUGGUCACUCCAUCCACCGACAAGGGCGUGUGCAGUCGAACGGCACCUCCAACCAGCCCUUGGUCUUCCGCGAUCACCAGACGCUCACCGUCGCGAGUAUCUCCAAGGCCGUUCGCCAACCCUUGCAGCGGGUGUCGCCCACGGCAGAGGACCGGUCCCUGCUGUUUUCCAUGACCGAAGCUCUCGCCCGCAUCAACGGCACGACCCAUGCCAGGAGGCGACGCACUCCGCCUGGCGGGACGAGGGAUCUGAGUUCUCGCAGGUCACCACCAUCGCCCGAGCCGGAUCCCCCGGGCGAACCAGAACCCCAGCCCGCGCCGGAGGCGACGCCCUCUCCACCUCCGGGUCUGGCUGUUCACGACCACCCCGGUAACGCCGGUGCGACGAUGCCCGAGACAGACCACCAGAGUUCCGCACAAAGCAGCCCAGUCGAUGACGAACCGCCCGCCAUUCACAUCUCCCAGGACGGAGAGCCACCCGAGCCCCAGCCUCGGCCGCGAGCCGGUCACACCUCUCUCGCAGAGCGCACGCGCAGAUCCAUGUCCCUCUUUACGCCCUCGCCGCCCGCACCCGAGCGCCGUGAAUCCCACCGAUCGCACCGCCCGCGCGCCUCAUUCCCAGUGAACCAAUUCGAUACGCCACGGAAACAAUCGCCAGACUACAGCCGGGCGUCGACACCGCACGACGAGCUUUUCGAGGGCCAUCCUGAAUACGCGAGUGUGUUCAAGUCGCGGCCGCGCAUCGCACUUAGCCCCGUGGCGUCGCCGGCGGUGCAUUUCAACCCCGUUGAUGAUUAUUUGGAUCUCGUUUCAAUCGAGUUAUAA